UACUUGACAGUUAAAUCAUCAAACUAGGUUUUCGGCCAAUUGUUUUCAUAAAAUAUUUGUAAACAAACAUUAUUAAACUUACUAUGGCUAUAUUUUUAAAAAUAAUUAUAAUGUUGUAUGUUUUAUGUUUCCUCAAUAUACGGGGAGAAAAAUGCAAUUUGAAUGUAAAAGUUGAACAGUCACUUAAAAAUAUAGGAUUUCAUAGAAUCCUUAACUACACUAUAUCUUUGCCAAGUGAAGAUGAAUUUUCAAAGUGGUUGUACGAUGACUGCUUGAUUGGGAUAGAACAAACGCUGCCAGCGGGAUUGUAUGCCAGUCCCGAUGAAGUUAAAGCACACAAGUGUAAAGAAUUGAUAUACACAUUCUUUAAGAGUCCAGUGAAUACUGAACUGUUUGCUGAGGACGCCAGCCCUGUGGUGAUGCAGCUGUUCGGUCACAUCACUGACAACAGGUCACACAUAAACAUACAUGUGCCCGUCCACGCCAGGUACCACCGAGCCAGGGCCGGGGGCAGAGCUGUAAAAAACGAUGUGGCGCAUCCAAAGUUGUAUUUAUACUGCCCAAAGAACAAGUUGGACGGGUGCGGGGACUUCUACAGUGAACUGUCGCAGGCUAACAGCUUCUGCCCGGACCACGUGUCACUGAGGGUGUGUCAUUGGAAACAGCUACCAGCUGAUGUUGUCUCAGAUCCACUCGAGUGGCAUGUAGCCGUCGGUAACUCUGAUCAUUACUAUAUAGUAACGUUCGGGACGGUGGUGGUGAUGUUAGCCGGGACGAUACACGUGCUGCAGACUGUACACAGAUACAAAAUACAGCUCGAGAGAAACAAAAAGCAAAGGAGGCGGACGUAAAAGAAAAUGGCAACUUUAACUACGAACUAGUCAUUACAAUAAAUUAUAUGAACCAUAA